CUUAUCCAUUUUUCACCUUAUCCAAAUAUUCCCUUCAAAGCAUUUUCCACUUCCAGAGACCAGAGUCUUCACUCUUCACUUCACAAUCAAAAAGAAUCUUUCAAAUCCAAUGGCGACACUCUUAGGUUUUUCUCAGACGAAGUUUCAUCACUGCAGCGUCUCGAUCUCUUCGCCGCCGUGCUCAUCUUCUUCCACGGCGGUCUCAAUGGUGAGCUCGAGCCGAACUGAAUCGAACACGCUCCGGUCAGGUUUCCUCGGCCGUGUCGCUUAUGAUGAUCGGAGACAAGUAGGAUCCGGUUCCUGUAAAUUGGGACGGAGAAGAUCUUUGGCAGUUAAAAUGUCGUGGGACGGUCCUCUCGCAUCUGUCAAGUUAAUCAUCCAAGGAAAAAAUCUCGAGUUAUCAGAGCCAAUCAAGCAGCAUGUUGAGGAGAAAGUAGGGAAAUCUGUUCAGAAACACAGUCAUCUCGUCAGAGAAGUUGAUGUAAGACUCUCUGUUCGAGGAGGAGAGUUUGGUAAAGGACCUAGGAUCCGUAGAUGCGAGGUAACAUUGUUUACAAAGAAGCAUGGUGUUGUGCGCGCUGAGGAAGAUGCUGAGACGGUAUACGAUUGUAUAGACUUGGUAUCAACAAUAAUCCAGCGGAAGCUGAGGAAGAUCAAGGAGAAGGAUUCUGACCAUGGAAGGCACAUGAAAGGUUUCAACAGACUGAAGGUAAGAGAACCAGUGAUUGAGCCGGUUGUGGAAGAUGUUGAAGACGUUACUGACUCGAGCCCGGGAGAAGUAGAAGACGAGGAUGAUUUGAUCAAGGAGAUUGUCCGUACCAAAUACUUUGAGAUGCCACCAUUGACCGUGUCUGAGGCAGUCGAGCAGCUGGAGUUAGUCGCUCACGAUUUCUAUGGCUUCCAAAAUGAAGAAACCGGUGAGAUUAACAUAGUCUACAAGAGAAGAGAAGGAGGGUACGGACUGAUUAUCCCUAAGAAAGAUGGGAAGGCCGAGAAAGUUGAGCCGCUUUCAACCGAGCAAUUGAAUGAACAUUCUUUCGCCGAGUAGACUGAGUCUGCUCAAACCAAAACUGAUCUUCUACUCUCCUUACAGUUGUCUGUAUAGGAGUUAGGGUGCUUGAGAGUACAGUGAAAGAAAGUUGAAUCUGUUAGGGUUCAGGAAACAGUGUAAAUAAAAAAGGCUGAUUCUGUCUACUUUUGAAGUAAAAAAAAAAAAAAUCUUUAAAU